CAUCCAGGACGUUAUCUCCGCUCUGUCACUGGGGGCGGGGAUAGGAGCUGCGCGCUGAUUGGCUGGCCGCUUCCUGUGUUUUCCCCGGCUGUGUGUGAAUCGUGUGGCCGCCAAAGUAUGACUGCGAGCCGGAGAGGGGAGGAGGCCGGGCCCUGAGCCCCAAGACGGGGAGCUGCACAGGGAAACAGCUGGCAAAUUAUGUCCAUAAACCCCCUGUUUACAACAAAGAAAAGAGACCUCUCCGUGUUAUACAGCGCAAACAAGGUUAAAGCAAACUCCUCCUCUGCAAGUCACCAAAGUGCCCAUUCUUCCUGCAAUGGUCAAGGAAUAUUUCCUCCAUCAAAGCGUUGCCGUUCAUCGAAUAUUUCUGAAUAUAAAGCUAUGGAGGAUGUUUUUGGUGAUGGCGAAGACUUCACAGCUGAUGACUUGGAGGAAAUUGACAUCAUAGCGUCUCAGGCUUAUACACAGGAUUCCGGUGCUGCAAACAGUCGUACAAACCAUGUGCAAAGUAAUGUGACAGGGAAGAAUCGACAGACAUCUACCUUCCUACAGCCACAAAAACCUGCACCCCCUAAACGGGGACGCGAGCUCUUAAACUCGCGUACUGAUGGUGAGACCUCCAGUGAAGCUUUGCAGUCUCAACAAGAACUACUAAAGCAAAAGCUGAAUGUACUACAAGAGGAUCUUAUCUUAAAAAAUGGUGAAAUUAAAGUCUUGCGCGAUGCCUUGCGUCAGGCAGAGUCUAGCCUUGAACAGCAAAGAAUUGCUCAUGUCUUGUCAGAAAAAGAGAAGACUCAAGCUCAGUCUGAGAAAGAAAAAGAAUUACUGAAAAAGAUUCAGUCUUUGCAGUCAGAGCUACAGUUUAAAGAUGCAGAGAUGAAUGAGUUGAAGACCAAAGUGCAGGGCUGUGAGCGGAGAACUGUGGUGCCACAAAUUAGUCCCAAGAAGAGUCCGUCUGUGUCAGUGAAGCUUGAAUCAUGUUCUUCGCCACAACCAGGGAAGAGCAAUUUCCCCACCAAGGAGUCUUUUAGGGCCAGUACCAGCCUUAAACCCCAUACGCCUGUAUCUCCUCUGCUCAUUCAUCUGCCAGCUAAGACGGACAUUGAAGCUAUAAAUGCAGCAGUCAGACAAGCCAAAGUAUUUUCUGCUUCUUACUGCAAACAGAGUAUGGACAGGCAAGGUUCUGUACUUCUAAGUACUUUAAUGCAACAGUCGGAGUCUCUUGGUCCUCCUGGUCUCUGCCACCUCCUCAGCAGUGAUGUGGGGGGUGCGAAAGCAUCUUCUAUACAGAGAACCCAAUCAAACAACUCUUCAGGAACAUCAGCUUCCAGUGUUAUGUCUCCAUUACAAUGUGCAGCCCUGAAAGACUGUCAGAAGUUGGCCAUCUCUGCAUUAAAUUCAAUUGCUUUGGGUGAGGAAGAUAUGGAAAAGAAAGGCUCACAAGGCCAGAGAGGACCAGUGCAUCUCAACAAAAUGUGUCGGCUAGCUGGGGCUCUGCGCAUGUUGCCUCUUGUUGAAUAUCAUAUUACGACCUACUACCAGGCUCUGGAAAAGUCAGACGUUGGUCCUUCUGAUAGUCAGUCCAUAUCAUCCGGCAGCACGGACAGCGGCACCAUGACCAACGCCGAGCACGCUAUCUCCCGAUUCACAGAGCUCGCGCUGGCCUCACUUGAGAUCCUGGAUCGCCUGGUGUGUCAUAGCCUCGAUGUUGUAGACACUUUGCUGCGGAUAAGUACAUUGCCAUCAUCUGAAGCUGAGAAAGAAACUAAUACUGUGAUAAAUAGAGAUUUGGAUAAUGAGGAGCAAAUGUUGAAUCCAUUAUUUAAAAAAUUAGUUCUUAUUUUGUCAUCUACUGUUGUCACUUAUAAGCGAGAAACCAUCCGAGAGCGGGUGCUUCGUAUACUGGUGACACUGGCAGAAAAUUCUUCCAUUGAGCAGUUGACCAGGUUUCAGGGAUUGCUCAGCUCUCCUGUGCUGCUCCAGUGCCUAUCUCCAGAGGCUUCCCUCUCUGUGGCCCUCAAUGCUGUCCGUCUGUUGGCUCUUCUUGCAGAUGACGAAAGGCUAGCUGGACUUUUUUGUUCAUGCUCAGAGCAGUGUCUCCUGCUUGCCUUGUAUACGUACAUCAUCUCUAAGCCGGAUAAACAAGCAUCAGAGAAGCAGUGGCUUCAAUUGGAACACGAGGUGGUUCGGUUCUUAAAUAAACUGAUCAUCCAAGGCUCGAGUUCUCUUUCUGCCAGAUCUGGAGUAACAUGUGUGUGUAACAGAGAGGUUGUGAAGGCGCUGGUUCUGACUCUUCACCAGGAAUGGCUUAAUGUGCGGUGCCUAAAUGUGCUGUUGCCGACUACAAACCAAAACAAGUCAGUGCUGUUUCUCAGAGAAGCAGUCAUGGUUCUGCACAGCCUCUACCAAAAGGACAAAAGCUUUAGUGAACAUUGUUUGGAGGUCUUCCACCAGUAUGACCAAGCUGUGCCCGGAAUCCGAGCGUUGUUUAGAAAAUUCAACACCUUGAAUGAAAAUGAAGAGUUUGCACUUGAUGAACUGAGUCCACCAGAAGUUGAGACAGAAGAUGAAAGCAUGGACUGCACAUAAUUCUGGACAUGUUGCAAAGACUUUAUAUGCCUUUCUCUCUAAUGUCCACAUGUAUUUUAAACACGUGGAAGUUUAUAAACAAUUUUUCUAAGAUUGGGCAAAAUUCCACACAGUAAUAAUUUCUGGUCACGUUUUAAAUCUCUUGUCUGUAGAAUCCUGGUAUCACUUUAAUGAAAUAUACUGUAUUUUUAAAGAUAAAUAUUCAUUUAAAUAUAUAAAAAUCUUGUAAUA